ACAGUGUACGGUGUUAUAGAGCAGAGACUGACAGUGGACACUCUGAACUGGAAACAACAGCUUUGUGAUGAACCUGGGAAAGAGUGACUGUCGACCUUUCUAGAUGUUUUGAUCCAAAUGACUUCUUCUUCUACACUUGGACACUGAACUGUGUAGUGUCUUGUUCUGGACUAUAUUAUUAAGUCUUCUGUACCAGAGCAAUUUUACAUUAUAAUUGAAGGGGGAAAAGUAAAUAAUUUCCCAACCACAAGUACCAAGAACAUUUUUUACAUUUUUACUGUUGGUGAGGUGAGGUGCCUGACAAAUCUUGUAGGGACUUAAGACGCAAAGACAGAAGAGACUUUGUGGUGAGCUGGGCCCUGAGCUGAGCUCGGGAACAUGCUGUACCUGAAGAAAUAUUUCACAGAGGGCCUCAUCCAGAUGGCCAUCCUGCUCAGCCUGUGUGGAGUGAGGGUUGACAUGGGACUGGAGCCCUACCUGCCUCCCUCCUUGCAUGAGAUGAUCCUGGGUCCCACCUCGGUGCUGACACAGACGCAGUUCCACAACCUCCGCAACCGCCUGGAGGACGGCCACACCCUUGACCCCAAGAGUGUGGACCUGGACGGCUUCUUCACGGCCCGAAGGCUGCUGGGCUGGGUCCGCUCUCUGGACAGACUACAGGUUCCUCAUGCAGAAGUGGAAACGUGGCUGGUCCAGCGAGAGCCAGAUCCUCUCGCCAUGGCAUGUCCAGAUCUGUCCACACUAGAGAGAGCAUCUGCUGGGGUAGAAAGAGAGCUCACUGCCCCACCGGUGGAAACCAGAGCUGUACUUGGUGCCCUGCAGGAAGAAGAGGAGGAGGAUAAAGAGACUUCUUCCUCCCUCCAGGAGUGUUUGAUGCUGUUAGAGGAAACCUUUCCCUUAUCAGAAGAACAACCGUCACGUGAUGUUGGGGGUAGAAGGGGAGACCUGGAGCGUCAGCCACCAGGCAGGGAACCCCUGCUGUCCCAUACCUCCCCCACUUCUAACCCUUCCUUGGACCUGGAGCUCCACUGGCAGGACCUGUUGGCUAUCAUGGAGCCUGAGAACACGGAAGUUGACAUGAUGACUUCAUUUGAUCACACUCAGAAUUCAAGAGCAUCUGAGACCCUUCAGAAUGUUGGGUCUGAAGCUCUACACCGAAAUCGUAACGACCAUGACAACAGCGUAACAGAGGCUGAUCAUGAAGUCCUUCUAAUGGAUACUCCCCUGCAGCACGGUUUGUUGGGGCCUCCAAGGCAGUCAGAGCUAGAGCCAGCCCUGCUCCCCCUCACUCCCAGUGCAGAGUUGGAUGAUCACAGUUCAGCCUUAAACACAAGGGACACUUUGAAAAACUCUAUUGUGAAUCCCUCACACAGUCUUCCAGACCACACACAUCUGCUCGAAAAAAAUCUUUCAAGAGACUUCUGCAUGGGAAUAGAUGCAGAAGAGAACUCGAGUACCUUCAACAUGAAUCUGCUAUCACAAGGUCUUUUGGAUACCAUGGAAGGCAGUCCGUGUUCACAGUAUGCCCCCUUCCCUGAAAGCCUUCCUAGCUCUGAUGUUAACUUUCAGUCACGUGACUUGACACCUUCCAGGUUGACCCCAUCUCCGGAGGGGAAUGGUAUGACUCGAGACCUUGUGACAUCUCCCUCCAGUGUCUUUCUGGUCAACGAGGAGGAGGGUGUGGACAAUGAAGAUGGUCUACCUAGCCCACUUAGUGACCUCUUAGAGGAUGCUGUCAUCUUGGAUGAGAUGAGAUUGUUGGACCUGGCUCUGGUGGAAGGAUUCAGUCCUGAGAUGAAAGCCAAGCUGGAAGAAGAGGGUUUCCUUGACAGUAGAAUUACGCAACAGGACGCUGUCAGAAAUGAUGAGCAUUCAGGCUCUGGCACAGCGGUUACAGAAGAUCAGGGUCAACCAAUAGGACAUCAGCAAGACGGCGAGGAUGAGGCAGACUCAGACUCUGGUCUUUCUCUGGACUUUAGCCACAGUCCUGCUUCUCCAUCUGCUUCUGAGGCUUCCUCUUAUUCCUCCUCCUCAACCUCCUCUUCAUCUUGUGUGUCAUCUGUGGGAAGACCCUUCUCUGGAGAUGAGGACGAAGAGGAGGAAGGUUUAGUUGGUUCACAUAUGGAAGUGGAGGUAACCAUAAAGCAGGAGGAUCUGGAAGAGGAGGAGAUGGGGGCAGUGGGAGGAGGGUACCCUGAAGAUGUUAAAGAACCCUUCCUUUCCAACUAUGGGGAUCAGAAGCUUUAUAAUGGCGUUCCUUGGCUGGAGCACAUUGGCCACAAUCACACGUACAACCAACCAUGGGCAUCCGACUCCUCUCCAUCUCUGGGCAAGAUGACCACCAAACACACCAAAUCCUCCUCACGACAUGACAACGCCAAACCUUACCACCGCUCCUCUUCCAGACACAUCUCCGAGAGCAAAAUGUGGAGCCGGGAUGAACGUCGUGCACAAGCCCGGAAGAUCCCUUUCUCCAAUGAGCUGAUCGUUAAUCUGCCAGUGGAGGAGUUCAAUGACCUAAUGACCAAUUACCAACUUAGUGAGGAGCAGCUUAACCUCAUCAGGGACAUACGACGUCGGGGUAAGAACAAAAUAGCUGCCCAGAACUGCAGGAAGAGGAAACUGGAUGUUCUGCUGGAACUGAAAGACAAUGUGUCAGGUUUAAGGCGCUACCGUUCGCGGCUGCUCCGAGAGAAACAGGAAGCCCUGAGGAAUCUGCAGGAAAUGAAGCGCAGACUGGGGGUGUUGUACCAGGAUGUCUUUUCCUCACUGAGGGACGAGGAGGGGAUGCCGUUGAACGCUAUGGAGUACCUGCUUAAUUUUGAGUCCAAUGGUAGUGUCACAGUAGCGUCACGCCAACAAGGGGCAGCGCUGACAAAAACAAGCAAGAAGCAGAGGGACAAGAAGAAGUGAGGAGGUGGACAAACCAGACAUAUUCUGGACAACAUGAAACAUGCCUAACAUGAAAUCCUCCCACACCCAUAUCGAUAUCUCUGACAGUGAGGAUUUUAUUUUAAGAAUUAGUAAAUGGCUGGAUGGACGCAGUAAAUCGGUACAGAAGAAUGGAAGUUCUUUGAAAGAGGAGGUGCUUAUCAUAAUGAUGUUGGUGGGGUCUUUACUCCACGAUGUGUUGUUCUCCAUUUUUCAUUAUUAACAUUUUCUACACUGGAAAAGGAUUUGAGUAUAACUUUAGUUAAACUCAAACAUUUCUGAGGUAAAUGUAGACUUCUACAUAGUGGAAACAACAGAUGAUAUAUGACCUGGGACCAGUGCUUUACAAUGCUAGCUUAAUACCUAUGCACCAUCCUGCUUGAAAAUACAGUUGCACAAGAUAACAGACUGAUAGCAGGCACUACAAUGACUCUGGUCACCAAGGAUGGGGUGCUGGUACACAGGAAGUGGAAGUUGUGAUCAUGCCCCUUGAGCUGGUAGGGUUGCAGCAUCCUACAGAAAGACACUUCAGCAGGCUAAGGACAGGGUCAUGGGGAUCACACCUGUGUAUGUUGAGUUUCCAGAUGGUGCCCCUGCUGCCAAAAUGAAAAACUCAGAGACACUAACAGCAGCAUUUCAAAUUCUACCAAGAGAGGAAAUCUGCCACAUUUGCCACUUUGCUGGACAUCUUGGAGCAGCACAAGUUAAAAAAGACUUUACGUCUGGCAGUCCUGGAAAUGUACACUUGUUUUAAGAGGGCCAGUCCUACUACUUGACUGACUUAGAAGGUAUUAGGACAAUUCACAUACAGUAAAACCUUGUUGCCUAUAUAAGCUACAAUUUUGUGGACAGGGCACUUGAAACUAUGCCCAUUUUCAAACCUGUGCACACCCAGCUUGAAACUCACCAGGCAACUAAAUACUGUUCUGAAUAUGAUGAACUGACCCAUAUAGGCUGCCUACUUUCUGAUAGCAUGAUGGCAGUGGGUUUUACCCAUGCCUUUAACAUAUUUGAUUGUUUUUCAAGAAUUUCACCACAGCGGUGACUGUGAAGCUGUGGAAAUCGUAUGGACUACUUGAAAGACAAUGGUGGGAAUCUGUGUUCCAACAACCUAAAAUCACAGGAUUAGAAACUAGUUGGCAGAUCUUUAAGACAAAGAUACAAUACAAUUUGUUAAGCUGUUCAUAUUUUAAUAUUGGUAGGUUCCAAUGUAUGUCAAAUGCCCCAAUUACAUAUAAAUGUACCUUUAAUUGAUAGUGUAAAGGUGAAAGCUUUGGCCUUCAGAUGGUACCUCUGGAUUGCAACAUUUCUCCAAACUAAAGGCUGACUUGUGAAUUGUUUUAAGUUUGGGUUUCACCCUCUGGUGGUUGUGCAGAACUCCAGAGAUUCUAAAGAAAUUACCAGUACAAGGAAUUAAACAUGGCAGGAGUUUAUAUUUACAUACAUCUGAUGUAUUCUAGGUUGUAGUUCAAAAGUAGAAAUUUGGAUGAGUUAUCAAACUAAUAUUAUGAGAUUAUAUUUUUGUAAAGUAAAUGUAUAAUUUCUCAGGAAUGAGCACAGCCAGAAGAACAUGCCAGCAGUAAUGGCUGUGUAGUCACACAAACGAUUCACUUUGUAAUGUUGGAUUCUGUUCAGGUAAGACAUUUAGUUGUUCAGUGUUUCACAUAGUGGACACCUAGUUAGAAUCAAACUACUGUAAUGCCUCGCAUAUCUGUAGGACAAAGAAAUGCAGUGCACUGUCUAUUGUCUUUCAAAUUUAUGAAGACGAAUAAUAACCUGCAUGUCUAUCAAUACCUUUGAUGGUAACAAGCUUUAAUUAUUGUUUGUGAAGUGUUUACAUUUUGUGUUGAUGGUAUUCAAGGAUGUGGGACCUUGUCUCCUGCAAUAUAAAAACCUAAAAAUAAAUUGGAGCUCAUUUC